CUGACAAACUUGGUUAACCAUACUGCCACAAAGCCAGGUGAUUAUCUCCCUUAAUUAAUCACCUUUAAUUCCAUUCUUCCACACACCCAGCACCGAUUAAGUUCAUCUAUCAGACCAUAUAUAUAGCUAGCUAGCUUGAUUGGAUUUGGAUAGCUUGUCAGCUGAGAGCUUGAGAUCUUAACUGGGAGAUUAGAAGAUGAUGAAGAGCAGCAGCAGCAGCAAGAAGAGGUCUCUAGUUGCUGAUCAACAUCCUUCUUCGGUUUGCUGCGACCACCUGGCGGCGUUGAGGGAGAUAAGCAGGGGGCAGUCUCUGGUGACGCAGCUCCGGGCCAUCGUGCUGCCGGUGCUUCAGGCCGACGAGCGCUGCGGCAUCGCGGCUCAGAUGUUGGAGGACAUCCUCGACUGCUCCAGGAAGGCCAUGUCCCAGCUGCAGCCGCUUCUGCUCUCCUCCUCAGAUUCUGCACAUGAUCAUGUGGAUGACAAAAGGAGAGUUAGCAAGAUUUCCUCCUCUUCUGAUGACGAUGAUGAUCACUGCAGCAGCAAGGCAGCUCAGGAUCACGACGCCAAGCCCCUUCGCCAACACAAAAGAAGGAGAUUUGGUGACUCGGUGUCGCUUGAAACACCUGUGCCGCACUACGACGGUCACCAGUGGAGGAAAUAUGGACAGAAGCACAUCAACAACUCCAAACACCCAAGGAGCUACUACAGAUGCACAUACAGGCAGGAAGAGAAGUGCAAGGCAACAAAGACGGUGCAGCAACGAGAAGACCUGAACUACGCCAACAAUGGUGAUCAUCCCAUCAUGUACACAGUGGUCUACUACGGCCAACACACCUGCUGCAAGAGCCCUGCAGCCGAUGAUCAUGUCGUCGUGGAAGCAUCACAAAAUAGCACGGAGACCCAUUGCCAGAGUCCGAGCAGCAGCAGCGAUCAGCAGCCUGUGGCACACGCCGGCGACAGAAGCCAGUGCAGCAACAUCUCCGUCACCUGUUCAUCAUCAGCCAUUGUUGAGGACUGCAACAAGCUUCUUGACAUGCUGCCGGCAGCUGAUGAACUGACCACCGAUGUGCUGUUCGAUCUGACUGCGUAUGCACCCUUAGAUUUGGACAUCAACUGGGAAAUGGAUGCAAAUGCACUGUGGGUUUGAAAAGUAUGGUGACUGCCAAUUAAAUUGAUCUAUGUGUAACACAUCAACAAACGAGCUAAUUAAUUAGGACAUACAUUUUGUGCAGUGAUACCAUUUCAUAAAAAAGAGAGAGAAGUUGUAUCAUUAUGUACGCUUUUGCGCUUACAGACUGAAUUAUUUGCAAUUACAAGGCACAGAAAUAAGCUUGCUUUCCUUCAGAAAGCAACAUUAAUCAAACGAUU